UUGCAAUAUCUGGACGGUAUUCUAAAGUGAAAAUGUUACAUCCGGCUUAUUUUGAAUUAAUGGCUGAGUUGAUAACCUCUUCGUCUGACUUGCUAUAAUGUUAUCGUCUGAAAAAUGUUGUUAUUUUUAGAACUUUCAGCAAUUUUCUUGGACUGCACAAGUUGACCAAUCCUCUUUGAAGUAGACAGGUCUCGCGGGAAAAUGUUUGCGAAAAUGGGAAAAUCGCUAAAAUGGUGUCAGAUGACUUCAUCCUCCCCAUUCCCAGAAACGCAGUCAUUCAAACCAAGGGCCCCCAAUUAAUCCCUAAUCAUCGCUAAAGUCUAAAAUUUAAUGUCAAAUUCACCUACAGUACAUCAUCGUAAGCAAUAAUUAGUGGGGUGUCGCUCGCAGUGAUGUCGCUGUAAUCAAUUGCUUUCGUUUUUAUAUCAAAUGUGUGGUAGUCUAGUAGACUCUUUAAAGCAUUGCUAUCUUGCUUCUUUUUCUUGUUAGCUAUCAAUUUGGACUCUGCGUUUAUAAGAGACGCAGGGUCGACCAGUGCACAGUUUAUCGAGCGAGCUGCACCGAGACUCGCCAUGUUUCACGUUGGCAUCCAAUUGAAACAUCUAAUAGUUGUCAUUUUCUGUAUUGGUUUCCUGUUGGCAGUGGACGCUUCUCAUUUGCAUAAUGUCAGCGUUGGAACGACCACACUGGUGGAAGAUGUCGGUGAUGUUUGGACCCAAACUUGCAAAUCCGGAGAAUGGACCAUUCAAAUUCCGAAUCUGAGAAAUGUGCGGCUUCUUCCUAGAAAGAAAGGUCGUGUUAAAGCUUCUCGUGCUGCUCUAGUGAUCCGAGAAUCGAAAAGGUUCCAGAAUUCUUCGCUUCAAAUCACGCAUCAAGUGGCCAACAAAUUCAGGACGACUAACGUCAGUGCGACAGAGUUGAAAAUGCUGUCCGUCGAUGUGGACACUCAAUUCGGCGAUGUGGAACGUUGUCCCUGGAAUUCCAGUCAUGUCUUUGAAUGCAUUCCCGAACCGUUAGAAAACGUCAGAGAUAAGACGAAGCGAAUCGCUCAGCUUUUCUAUUUAAUGGCAGCCCAUUUCGAGGAGUUGAUCAGUUUCAUGAGAACUGUCCAAAACUCUGCUGCCAUUAUACUCGGCAACCUGGAACGUGCCAACAACGCUGCCAUGAGACGCAAAUCUUCCAGGACCAACAGUAAAAGGAAAUUGAAAACAGCUAUGCAAUCUUUGGAUAAGAUUAACAUGAACUUGACACGCCAAUUGCAACAGGAUCGAAUUCAAUUAGAAACGAGUUCGCAACAAUGGCAAGCUUUCAAAUCCAGGAUCAAUUUCACUCAAGACGAAAAUUGGGCUAAUGCUAAGAUGAAAUUCGAGCUGGCUAAAUGGAGGUGGAGUUGUUCCAGGCAAGCGUUAAACAAGACCCAGGAAAAACUGCACAACUGGAGUCAGUUGGACGAAGAACUUUCGAUGGCCAUCUCAGAAAGCAGACAAGAAAAUGUUCAAAUCGGAAGAGAAAUGUUGUUGUUGUUUAAUGGCACUAACAAUAGUAUCGUCCAGCUGGAACGUUAUCGCAAUCUGACUGAAGACUUUACUGAAUACUACAAAGGAGCAGGCCACUUCUUUUUAGGAAUCAGUUCGAGAAUCUCCGACAUGAUCGCCAACAUCCCGAAGGUCGAUCACCUGGCCGAUCCAGUGACGAUGAAGAGCGAUUUGAGAAAAAUUAAAUGCGAUUUGGAUCGCAAUGGUCGUUUUGUUAUCCUGACUGACGGUGAAUUAUUGCGGAAGGAUGCCCAACGAAAAAUUAUUGGUUUUGUCUUAGGUGGUGCUGGCAAGGGCUGUGACGUCAGUGUUUAAUUGAGGCGAUUAAGAUACGAAAAUAAUCAACGUCCAUGAAAUUACAAUAUCAUUUUGAAAAUAAGUUUGAAGAUGCAAAUUGAAACAUUUCUAUGUUGUCUUGAUGGCCAGUUUUUUUUAAAUUCUCUUUAAUGAUUUUAUUCGUCCGUUUUGAUUUCGUGAUUGAUUAUGGCUUACUAAUUAGCGCAUAUGUAUUGCGCAUUAUACAUUCCGCCAUUUUACUUGGAAGAAUCAAAAAUACAAUUCAGAAAAUGUGUCGUGA